GUACCGAGAUGAAGGGACUGAUCGAGGGUCUGAACAAGACUGUGUUGAUGAAGCUGCCUCAGAGCAUUAGCCUCAUUGUGGUGGAGAGUGUGCUGAUGGGUGUCGCAUUCCUCGCUAUGAUACUGGUGCUGACUCUCUGUGGCCCUGCCUACCGGCCCACUGAGGAAAUUGACCUGCGCAGCAUUGGCUGGGGCAACAUCUUCCAGCUGCCCUUCAAGCACAUGCGAGACUAUCGCCUGCGGCUGCUGCUGCCCUUCUUCAUCUACAGCGGCUUUGAAGUGCUCUUCGCGUGUACAGGCUUUGCCUUGUCGUAUGGCGUGUGCUCGCUGGGGCUGGAGCAUCUCACCAUGAUCAUCAUCGCCUAUGGCGUCUCCGCGUCUGCCUUCUCGCUCCUGGCCCUGACCAUGCUCCGGAUCCCCCGCUCGGCGCCGCUGCUGCUGGGCGCCUCGGUGCAGCUCCUGCUGAUCGUCGUCCUCUUCUGCUGGGCGCCCACGCCCAGGGACAGCCAGACCGCCAGUCUGCUGGGGGUCUAUGUGGUGGCUGUGCUCUGGGGGCUUGGCACUGCCCUCAACAAGACCAGCCUCGCCACUCUGUUGGGAAUGUUGUAUGAGGACAAAGAAAGACAGGACUUCAUCUUCUCCAUCUAUCAUUGGUGGCAGGCGAUCGCGAUCUUUGUUGUCUAUCUCUGGUCUGGCGUCCACAUGAAGGUCAAGUUAUCGAUUCUGCUGGCCACCCUGGUCGUUGCCAUCGGUUCCUACCUGUGGAUGGAGCGCAAGCUGGCGCGGAGGGUCCCGUUCCGUGUGCCCCGUAUCCCCAAGCCCCAGCACAAGGUGAAGGGCUACCGCUACCUGGAGGAUGACAAUUCUGACCAGUCCGACGAGGAAGCCGAGAGGCAGAGCCACGCCACUGAGCCGGACGGGGACCAGGAGCCAGUGGGCGCUGGCGUUUGCCAGCCGGGUGACCCCGAUUUGGCUGAGCAGCGGGACUGACUGGCACCGGCCUGUCGCCCAUCACCAGCUGCCAAGCCACUCAUUUGCUGAUGCCACUUCCCUCGACCAGCUGCUUCGCCGCAAGGAUCUGAAGACCACAAGCCCUUCAGACAUCUUUCUUAAAAAUAAACCGGGAAUGCUCAGCGUCCCUGUCUGGGGCGAGGGUCCGUCUCAAUUCGCGUGCAGUAAAGGAGGCUGCGGGAAAGUUUGGAACGGUCAUUGGUUAGAGGUGGGAAGCCUGGAUUGCUCUGGUGAUGUUUGACGUGACAGAUUUCCAUGAUCGAUUAGUGUCACAGAUGUACAGCACGGAAACAAUUACUUCAGUCCAACUGGUUGGGAAAAGGUGCAGAGGAGAUUUCCCAGGAUGUUGCCGAGUCUGGAGGGAAGGUCUUAUGAGGAAAGGCUGAGAGACUUGGGUCUAUUCUCAUUGGAAAGGCAGUGGCUAAGGGGGGGAUUUGAAAGAGACAUACAAGAUGAUCAGAGGAUAAGAGAUAGGGUAGGCAGUGAAAGUCUUUUCCCUAGGAUGAUGACGCCAGCUUGUACGAGGGGACAUAACUACAAAUUGAGGGGCGACAGAUUCAAGACAGAUGUCAGAGGCAGGUCCUUUACACAGAGAGUGGUAAGGGUGUGGAAUGCCCUACCUGCUAAUGUAUUCAACUCAGCCACGUCAGGGAGAUUUACACAAUCCUUAGAUAAGCACAUGGAUGAUGAUGGGAUAGUGUAGGGGGACGAGCUGAGAAUAGUUAACAGGUCGGUGCAACAUCGAGGGCUGAAGGGCAGGUUCUGCGCUGUACUGUUCUGUGUUCAAUAAUCUGAUAUUCUAAAUGAAUACCUCAAUUUGCCAGCAUUUGGACCCACUUGACCCCGGUCCCCCACACCCUGCCCCAGUCUCACCCAGUCCCACACACCCUGAUUCUGUCAAACCCUGCCACCCCACACCCUGCCCCCCCCACAUCCUGUCCCUGACUAACCCGGUCCCCCACACCCUGCCCCUGUCUAACCCGGUCCCCCACACCCUGCCCCCGUCGAACCGGGUCCCCCACACCCUGCCCCCGUCGAACCGGGUCCCCCACACCCUGCCCCUGUCUAACCCGGUCCCCCACAUCCUGCCCCCGUCCAGCCCUGCCCCUCUGCUCCCUUCGUCCCUCGCACCCACUGGACCACACUUGCUAGGCCCAUACCUAUCCAGAUGCCUUUAAAUGCUGUGAUUAUGCUAGCGUCAAGCACUUCCUCUGGCCAUUCAUUCCAUACUUUCUGUGAUCAAAAUCUUGAAACCUCACCUUUAAACCUAGACCCUUUUAGUUUUGGAUUCCCCAAUUGGGGAAAAAGAACUUCACUCGACCCAUACCCCUCAUGUUAUUAUCAACAUCUAUAAGCUCAUCUCUCAGCUAUUGACGCUGCAGUGAAAACCGCCCUCAGUUUAUUCAGCCUCUCCCUAUACCUCAAACCCUCGAGCCCUGGCAGCUUACUUGUAAGUCAUUUCUGAACUAUUUCGCGUUCCACAACAUCUUCCCUAAAGUGGAAAGAUCAGAAUUGAAUGCGAGAAUCCGGAAGUGGCCGUACGCUCACCUACGGCAAAUAGGUGGGAACGACAUCCUGGAUCCCAUGAAGGAGGGAGAUGUGUUCAUACUUCAAGUUGAGUCGGAUGAAGUCUGCCAGGCUUCGCAGAAGGAAGCCCUCCAAGAAACCGAACAAGAAUGACACUUGGACUCAAAUCUGAUGGAAAUCAUCAACGUUUGUUUGUGUUCGGUGAGGUUGGCGCAUUAUUAAGACUUUUUGAGUGAAGGAAAAUCUGCCUGAUGACAAUCCCGUGGCUUUCACAAAGCACCAAUUUUGAGAAAAUCCUCUUGCUCCCUCCUCUCUCUGACAGAAAAGAAACAAACAAAAAAAUAGGAAUAUUUAUCAAGCCUCCUCCAAUCCAAGUGAAGAUCCGAGGGACAUCUGAUCUGUUGUGCAGCCAUCCCUUUAAGGAGCAUUGCUCAAAUCCAAAGAAUUUGAGAUUAUUUAACCUACCCUUAUGAUCUGGACUCCUGUUCUUUGGACUUUUAUUGUUCCUGUCCAUAUUUUCCACACUCGAGACAAAAUUUGACACAACAUUUGAAAAUGAUUGUGUGUAACUGCGUUUGAAGUUAAAAGAGGUGGAGUUCAGGUCGUAAAGGAAUAGGUAAUUAAUCAUUUCUCUCUCUGUGCCAUUUGUUCGAUAAUUGUUGCGUUUACAAUAAAGUGUUAUUUUC